AUGGAAAAGGCAAUUAACGAAAGAAUCGAAAAAUGGAAAAAAGAAAAUACUACAGAUGACAAAGAAGUAACAAAUGAAAACGCAUAUGAAAGUAUAACUGAAUUAAUUUUAGAUGGAAAGAAAUUUACUACUAUAAAAACCGAAGAUAUUGAAUUAUUAAAAAAUUUCAAAAAUUUAGAAAGAUUAUGUUUAAAUCAAACAGGUAUACAAAACUUAGGAAGUAUGCCAACUAUGGAAUCUUUAAUUGCUUUAGAAUUAACAGACAACCAUUUAAGUACAGUUGAAAUAUUAAAACAUAUUGUAGAAUCGUUUCCAAACCUUAAAACAUUAGAAAUUGGAGGAAAUCAUUUUAAAAAUAUAAAAGAUUUUGAAACAUUAAAAGAUUUAAAACAUUUAGCUCGCUUAGGAGUACAAUUUAAUCCAUUUUCAGAUGACCCAAAUUAUAGAAAGGAAUUAUUUGAAGUCUUACCAGAAGUUAAAAUAAUUGAUUGCUAUAAUAAAGAAGGUGUUGAAGUUUUAAGUUCAGAUGAAGAAGAAGAAGAAGAAUAUGAAGAAGAUAAUACAUUAAAAAAUUUCUAUGAAGCUGACUUUAAAGAAGAAGAUGAUGAAGAUGAGGAAUUCGUUCCAAAUGAUAAUGAGGAUGAAGAUGAUGAUGAAUUAGAUGAUGAUUUAGAAGAAGAAGAACUUGAUGAUUUAAAUAAGGAAGAAGAUUUUGAUGGUGAAACUAAAGAUAGUGAACAUGCCCCAAAAGAAGAAAAAACUAAUAAAAGAAAACAAGAUGCCUUAGAAAAUAAUGACGAUGAAACUGAUGCUAAAAAAACUAAAGUUGAAUAA